AUGUCCGUCGCGUGCACUUCCUGCGGGUGCAAGAAGAACUUGGAUCGCUACAAGUGGUGCGUGCACUGUUGGAAGCCGCUCCCCAAGGUGCAGUUUGCUGAACCGUCUGCUGCUGUUGGCGCUUGGCGCCGCGGUGGCAAGACUGGCGGGAGCAAGAGCAACACUGCAGCCACCAAGCCCUUGGGCGGUCAGCAGGUGGAUGCCUUCGCCGCCAUGUCCGAGGAGCACUGCGCCUACACCUCGCUGCUGCUCACCCACAGCCAGCGCGCCCAAGUGGCAGCUGUGCGCGCCCAGCGCAGUGGGGACCCACACGCACUCUCCAAGGCGGCGCAGCAGGAGCACGGGCAGCUCAAGGCCAAGCUGGCCGCUGUUGACAACAAGUUGUCCAAGGCAGCCAUCGUCCUCCAGAAGCAGUUUCAGCGCGUUGUGGAGCUGCGCCUGGAGCAGAAGUGCCUGCAGGAGCAAGAACGCCAGGUUGCUGACCGCUCGAGGCCGGCCUGGACUCAGAUUGCAGGUGCAGUUCCACAGGGUGAAGCUGAAGCACCAGAACGCAUCAUGUUCCAGCGCUUCCAGCAGCUCGACCCCGGCCUGGCCAUGCCGUUCAACCAGCUGCUCACCGCCAAGGCGCAGGCCGAGCAUCAGCAGGCUGCGCAGCGCGUUGCCGCCGCACCACCGCCAGCCGUUGCGACUCUGGUGCUACCAGGUGGCAUGGCCAGAGCAGCUCCAGUUCAGGAGGUAUCUGAUCAAGAGAGCGAAGCUGACACACCACGCGGUGACGACGACAUGGACUUCGAUGACAGCUGGGCUGACGAGGCGCGCAAGGCGGCGUCUGUCGAGCACGGCAUCAUCGCGCCCCUGUCCAACGCUACCAUGGUGGGCACCAUCGCCUCGCACAACGGAGCCCAGCCCGAGCGGGUGCAGGCGUUGCUCAACGACGUGCUCGCCAGCGCAGGGCGCACUGUUAGGCGGGCUUACAAGCCGGCUGCGGCAUGGUCACAGGGGGUUCUCCUGGGAAAUAUCUACCUGAAGGACGGCGGCGAUCUCGCUGAUUUCAACUGGAGUAUUCUCACCAAGCUUGGCUCUGCACUCGAAGACCUCCACAUUUCCUGGGCCAACAUCCUGGGCAACAUUACUCAGCGCUUCGGUGGCGAGGGGCGCGUGGGAGACGAGCUCCAGCAGUCAGCCGCGACACUUGUUUCUGAAUUGCACAAAACUGGCAUGCAGCCCGCGGUUGAUAAAGGCAGGGUGCUAAGCAAUUCGCAGAAACUUCGGCUUCGUUUCGCUCGCAACCUUCGGCAUCUUGGGAUUCAGACCGCUGUCACCGAGCGCAACCUGGGGGUCGACUAUGCUUCUGGCGAGGUGCGUCCUAGGUACACCACGGCUGCUCGAUUCAAGGUCAUCAAGAAACGUCGAGCUCGCAUGUCUGGAUUGAAGUCAAGCCGACCCCGAAGGAAGCUACUGGGGCAGAUGAGUCGAGCGGCGCACGAGGGCGCCACCUCUUUCGGCACGGCCGUCAAUGGAGUCAACAGCAAGGAACUCAACGCGCUCCGCAGUUUAGCAGGCAAACUUCAGGAUCAUAAGCAGGCGGGGAAGAGCCUCACUCUCUCCCUCAUGUUGGCGCCCACCAAGGACCUCGAUCCCAUCAUCAGGGCCACUUGGUUGCCCCUUAAGUUAUUCCUGCUAUGUCUACAUGAAUCUUGGAUGCCCCGACAGGUCUUAGAUGCGAGUCUCAAGCAACAGGACCUUUCACCACUCUCUGGGCUUCUCUACAUCGGGGUGGAGUUCGAGCUCGUUCCUUGGAUCUCUGGAGUUUCCCUGAAGGCACUGCCGCAGCACCGUGCGUACGCGCGCUCGGUCGUGAUUGGAGCGCAGUGGCCAAUGGUGAGGCAGUGGAAAGCUGGCUACCCCGUGGACCCCAACUGCAUAGCCUGCCUCGCCGCUGGCUCCAUCAAGCUAGGCACGCUCACGCACAGACACUGCAGCUGCGCGCAGCACGCCCUGCAGUUUGAAGAGCCGCAUGUGUGGGCCAGGCUCGAGGAUUGGGGAUUUGACGGUUCUGAGUUUUGUGAGGCGGUUCGUUUCGUGAAGGUGCCUGCCCGCUCCUCGAGCGCGGACGUCCGAUCGGGGCGCGUCACGACUCGUGACAAGAUCGGCAACGACAUGGCCGACCGCCACGCCAAGUGGGCGGCCCAGGCCGCCCGUGUGCCGCCGCCGCAGUCUGCCGCCGUCGCUUCCAGAAUCAAGGUUUUGAAAUCCUGGGUGAAGUGGGUGGGCAAGGUCAUGACCGACGAGGACAGGAAGUUUCUGGAGAAGGCCAUGGAGGAAGCGUUCGGCAAGAUAGAGGACCCGAACAAGGUCUUCCAGGAGGCGCUCGACCAGGUGCGGUCCCCCGACCGCACGGGCGAGAGCAUGACCACCGCCCUCGAGGUGAUCGACAGGCUCUGCGACGACCCCGACGUGGCCCGCAACGUGGAGAAGCUCAACGGCACGCAGCCGCUGCUCGACCUGGUGACCGCGCCGGACGCGUCCGGGCCCGUCCGGGUGCGGACCCUGGAGAUUUUGGCGCUGCUGUUCUCCAACAACCCCCACAUUCAGAAGGUGGGUGUGGAGAGGGGAGCCCUGCCGCUACUGCUAAGCCAGGUUCGCUCGUCCGCGAAGGGGUCCGAGGAUCGCCUCAAGGCGUUCCGCACCCUGGUCGCCCUCAUUCGCCAGGUUACCGAAUACGAGGACGAGUUCAUCAGGAAUAACAAUGGCGUAGCUCUCAUAGUGGACUGCAUGAACGAAGAGGAGGACCCGCGGACACGCGAGAAGGCGGCCUCCUUCGUGCGCCAUCUCGCCUGCACGCAGCGGCUGCUGGUCGACGACUGCGGGCCCCUCGUGGCGGCGCUGGUGGCGCUGCUGCCGAGCGCGGCGACGCAGAACGUGCAGUACCGCGAGACGCUCUCCGGCGCCGCCGCCGAGCUCGCCCGCGCCUUCCCGGGGCCGUGCGCGCCGCUGGCGUCCGCGGCGCAGGCGCGGCUGGCCGAGGCGCGGCGCGUGGCGGACACGGAGGACGUGGAGCAGGAGGUCGGGAGCCUCCUGGAGUGCCUCGAGGCACGGCUAUUCGUAUUAUUUCGACUACAAGCAUUUCUGCAUUUUCUUGUACUUCUACCUGUGAUGCCAUCCCCUCCCCCCGCGCCCUCCUGUCUCCUGGGCCUCCUCCUUCCUUCCUUGCUUCCUUCCUCCUGCUGCUGCUCUGUUUCCUCUUCUUCCCCUUUCUGGUCUCGUAUCGUGCUGGGCGUUUUGUGUCGGCCGUUUGGGCUGACCGCUUGGAUACAUAACACAACACAACCUGUUUGCCUUUAG